AUGAAUUAUCUAUACAAAUGGAAUUUGACUGCUCCAUUUAGGGCAGGUCUUGAUCCAUCUCAAGAAUUAUACAAAGAAUACAAAGAAAAAUCUCUCGAACCAAUAGACUUAAAUACAGUUAAAGUUGCUCUUUGGGCAGGUAAUUACGAAAACAUUGAUAAAUUCCUUGGUGAUCUUAAAGCAGUUUUUGAAAAUGCGAAAACUUUCCAUGGCAGUGGAACAGUCAUUUAUAUGAUGGCAGAAGAGAUAUUAAUCUAUAUUAAAAACCAAGAGCAAUAUAAAAACAUGUCAGAAGACGAAAAAUGGCUUUUAGAGCUCAUGCAAAUUCAAAACCGUCUCGAGGACCAUAUAAAGAAUAAACCAGAAGAAUUCUGCCAGUCCUUUAUACCAGUUCGCUAA